GUUUUGACGCAGGGAGUAGAGCGUCAUAGACGUCUCCAAACGCACAUCAAACUUCCACUGGCGCUCCCGAGGAUGAUCUGAAGGAGGCCUUUCCGAAGUUGCAGACGGUCGGAUUUUGAAAGGAAGAUGACAUUGGAGCCAACGGCAUCUUCUCUUUGGCACAAACAGGCCGUUUAACCUCGUAAUUUAAUUUCCAUCCAGUCCAGCCAUCCCACAGUCUAUUGAAAGGUGAGGAUGGAGCGCGCACCCAGCGCCCCAAGUCCUCCUCCCAAAGCGGCCCAGCACGAACCCAUCAGCUUCGGUAUCGACCAGAUACUCAGUAGCGGUGCUGACUCAGAGACCGGACGGACCAGCAGCAGAUACGGUUCGGAUACAAGCAGUGGAGACGGUUACCGUUUGGGAAGCCCAACUGGAGGGAGCGCUGCCUCCUACACUGCGCUGUCCAUCUCCCUCUCCGGCAUGGUACCACAGUUAGAGGACCCUGGUUUGUACGGAGUGAACUGUAGCCUGGGUAGCAGAGGAGUGAUCCGGGUGCCUGCUCACAGACCGUUGACUACCUCCGGGCCGCCGCACUUGAUGAGCGCUGUACCCGGGUAUGGAGGCCUGUGUUACCCGUGGGUCGGGAAUAGGUUCGCCAAGGAAAGGUUAUCAGCUCUCGUGCCAUUUACGGUGACCAGGCGAAUAGGUCAUCCAUACCAGAACCGCACGCCGCCCAAACGGAAAAAGCCUCGGACAUCGUUCUCCCGUGUGCAGAUUUGUGAGUUGGAGAAGCGCUUCCACCGGCAGAAGUACCUCGCGAGCGCCGAGCGGGCCACCCUUGCCAAGAGCCUAAAGAUGACGGACGCGCAAGUCAAGACCUGGUUCCAGAACCGACGGACAAAAUGGAGGAGACAGACAGCAGAGGAAAGGGAGGCUGAGCGUCAACAGGCCAAUCGGCUGAUCCUGCAACUGCAGGCCGACGCCCUCCACAAGUCCCUCGGCGAAUCAGCAGGCUCCGACCCACUGUGCUCACAUAACUCCUCCCUGUACGCCCUGCAGAACAUGCAGCCCUGGGCCGAGGAGAGGGAGUAGGAGGAAGUCUCCCCCAACCGCUGUUCCAGGGUCACACAUUUGUUCAUCCGUCCAAUUGGGGUGAUCUGAUCUGAUCCUAGAUGAUUUGUUGGUGCCAAAAUGGAGGGUAUGGACAGUGUGAUGCCCCUUUGAGAUCGUGUAGAGACUAGGCGUCUGAUAGGACCACACCCUCAACCUGAAUGAAUGACUGCACUGUCAAUAUUACACAAGCACCGUUACCAGUUUCCGCAAGUGUUUUUACCCCUAUCUGGCCUUAUGUCACAUUCCACACUGUGACUCUAUGGCUAAAGACUGAGGUUGUAGACUAAAAUUGACAGGGAAGGAUAGGAGGAGGAGUGUGUGUAAGGUAGAGGAAUAUAUAGAGGGAGGAAUUGGACAGGGGGGCAGAAGGAUGCAUGUCAUGUUGGUAAUGAAACUAAACAUUCUCUAAAGUUUCAUUUGUGACACAUUUCCUAAUAGGAUGUAAAUGUUUCAUAAUUUGUACUUAGGAUGUAUACAUAUGUAAAUAACGAUAUAAACUCUUCACUUGAGAUCAUUUUGUUUAUGUUUUUGUGUGACAUAGAGACAUGAAUGGAAAGCUUUAAUUGCUCCCCCUUGCUAAAGAAGACACUUCAAAAAGGUCACUACUUUCUUUGAAAAGUUUAUUGUUAAAUAUCAUUUUGUACAACAUUUCAAUAUACACUGAUGUGUUUUUUUUCCCCCUUUCUGUCUGUCAUUCUCAGUCUGUUAGUCUCACCUCUCUGUGCUUUGCUGAUCAUGAAUCUUGAUAUUGUAUAAAAGUAUAGGUGAAGGUAAGGUAAUAGGGGACUGUGAAAUAAGGGAUUCUGUGUUUUGUUGUCAGUAAGUCUUCACAUUGAUUAGGCUAUUGUCAUCACCACCCAUGUCAUGGCUUUCAUUCCUGUAUUCUCAGUGACAAGGUCCCUCUCCCUCUCCCUCUCCCUCCCCUUGAGAGUUGUUACUGCACAGUUGUAAUGUCCCACAGGAUACCAUGCACACACCCAUAUUGGCACAAAACAAGCAUAAGAAUACACUUCAAAAUAGUGCUGAGCGAAUAGCGCUUUUUGAGGUCGGUUCAGUUUUGGUUUUUGAAAAAUAAUCGCGGUUUUCUUAUUUUUUUUCUUUUUUACAAUAAAUGCAUUGUUCAAUGUUCAAUGUUCAAUGCUGUAACAACAAUGAAUAAAAUAAUUGAUGGUAGUGAGUGACAGCCUAUUACUAUCAGUUAUUAGGCUCUAAACCAUCAUUUAUUCACAUGACUUUACUUACAGUAAAUUAAAUAUUUUGGUUAUGUAUAUUACAUAUUUGUUUUUAGUAUGGUGACACUAAGAUAUGCAAUUACUGCAUAUCACUUAUUAACAAACCAUCCCUUGUUCACAUAACUUUAAUAAAAUAUAUCAGUUGUUGUGUA